GCGGCUCAGAUGGUGGCGACGGGGGCGACAUCUUUUAGAGAAGUUGCCAACGCCGUAAACGACGAAGCCGAUGAAUCCAGACCCCAGCACCGUGCACGAACAUCUGAUGCCUUGCCUCUGAGUUCCGCGGGCAGAAUUGUUUGUGAGCGUUCAGGCUUUGAUAUUGGCCAAAAUGUGUGGUGGCUUCACUUGCUCAAAGAAUGCGCUGAUAGCGCUGAACAUUGUUUAUGUGGUGGUGGCAUUUCUGCUGAUUGGAGUGGCUACCUAUGGUAAGACGGCCAGCAUCAUCACCAGUCUGGGCGUCGUUGGUGGCAUCGUGGCCUGCGGUGUGCUGCUGCUCUUCAUUGCUGUCCUUGGACUUGUGGGCGCCGUCAAACACCACCAGGUGGUGCUCUUCUUCUACAUGCUGGUGCUAUUCCUGCUGUACGUGCUACAGUUCAGCCUGGCGUGCGCCUGCCUGGCCAUCACGCCCAGUCAGCAGGAGAAGCUGCUCCAUGAGGGCUGGCGCAUCUCCACUGAUGACAUCAAGAAGAAUGCCCAGGAGACAUUCGGCUGCUGCGGCUUCCAGGAAAUGAACAACACAGGCCUGGAUGAUGGGAUGGACCACCCUGAGUGUCCUCUGAAACCGUGCUGUCCCGGGCAGACCGACGCCACACAGUGCUGCAUGGGAAGCAUCAAGUGCGAAUGCCGGCCUUGCUUUGAAAUGCUGAAGGAGGCCAUCAACUCUGGCCUUCGCGUCAGCGGCGGGAUCGGUCUGUUCUUCAGUUUCACAGAGUUUUUCGGCGUGUGGCUGACCGUGCGCUACCGUAACCAAAAAGACCCGCGCACCAACGCUAACGCGUUUCUAUAGGCGCUCCGCCGCCGGGCCGGGCUGUCGCAGAUGAUCGGGUUUGUGCUGGCUUACCGCUACCGAAACCAGAUGGACCCGAGCCGGGGUCAGAUGCUCGACUAGACGGCCCGGGCCCACCGGCACUCCACGCCGCAUUCCCGCUUGUGAUAGGCGGCCGAGGCCGGGCCGGGUGGCGGGGAACGGGAGCGUGUCAUGACAGUCGGUCGGCCCAGCUGUCCGCGCUGAACUCUCGGCGUUGGACAGCGCCGCCGGCCGCGGCGCCCCACACGCGCAGCUCGCCGAUCCGGGCACCUGUAGCGGCGCCCGCCCCACUCGCCCGGGCUGCUGGCGCGCCGGCGCGGCGGCCGCCCUGAUCUCGCCGCAGCGGACACGGCCCGGCAACACUGGUAGGCAGACUACGGCGGGUGCCCAACGGAGGCAGGCUGUACGGUGCUGUAACGUAGGCAGACUGUAUGGCAGCAGCCCGGAAGGGCUUCGAGACACGCUGGCGGGUUGGCAGGUAGUGAAAUAUUUAAAAUGGGGACAAUAUGGCAAGGAAUGUAUGGCGACAGUAGUAAUGUUAACUUAAAUAUGGUUCUUUUUCUCGUUAUGUUUUUUAUUUAAAGUUCAUACUAUCAUGUUCCAUUUAAACCGUUCAAGCACGGAUCUCCCAAGCGGCAACUGGACGUUCCCCGUCAGUGGUUUCCCCGUUUACAGACUCAGCGCUACCUUUCGCUGCCUGGGACGACAGUUUGCGGGGCUGUAUAGUGUCACUCAUGUCUAUGGGGUAGCGGCGCGCGGUACUCGGGUCGUGGUGUUUGUGGGGGUGACCCCCCCCCUCCCCCACCGGGGGAGCCGGGCGGUGGGGUCGGCCCGUCCGGGAAUAGUCAGUUCAGAGUCCCGGCGGCCGUCCCCACCCGCCCCUUAGCCAAAUGUAACCACGUGUUGUGGCUGUAGCCUCAUUUGUUCUAUCGUGCAUAAUUUAUUUGUUCCGGUUAAAUAAAUGUACCCAGUAUUA